AUGCUUUUGGUGGCCAUGGUAGUAGUUUUUCUUAUGAGCAUGCACUCAUACGAGGCCUGCAGAGUGCUGCAUGGGGAAGAGACUUUGACGAUGAGGGUGAAGAAAGAUGUACUGCAAAUUAGGGGCAGUUCUAAUCUUAAUCGUCCCUUCUUCCCUCUGAUCAAGCAAAUCCUUAGCGGUACUGUCCCGUCCAGCGGCUCUAAUCCGACAAUCCCUUGA